AUGCUUCUGCUCGAUGUUCACAAACCGUCCAUGCACACAGAACGCGUAUAUGCCGUAAAGUGCGUCUGUAGAUCUGUGCACCGCACUACAAAUACGAGAGACUGUGGUUUCUUGGUCGGAGAAGAAGAAGAAGAAUCAAAAGCCGUACAUUCGUUUGGAGAAGUCCUUCCCGCUCGCAAUGACUCGUUUGCACCUCAUCUCAGCAGUGCUGCUCUCUGUCUUUAUCGCCUCUGGUGCUCUCACUAUCGAUCUAGGUGAAGUUGCCGAACGGCAGCAGCGUCGGAAUAGGUGCGGUCGUGGCAAGUGCCGUUUCGUUAUUUGCCGCGGAAGUCAGACAUCGUUUCUCGCCGCUCCGAAUACAGCUCUUAGCUCUCCCAUAUGCCGCCGCGAUCAGAAAAUUGAGCAAAUUCUGUCCACAGGAGAAGCUCGAAUCAAAGAUUCCGAAGGGGAUCUUAUCCCUAUCUCGGAGUGGCGACCUGAAGGCCUCGAAGUACCGUUCAAGUCAGGCGCAUUGUUCGCCGAUGCGAUACCCGGUCGCGGUCUUUCUGGUCUUGCGAGGCUUCCUGCAGUGGGGAAUCAGAAUGAAUUCUUGGACAACGUCUGUGUUGUGGUUCCUAUUAGAAGCUACGAAAGAAUAGUGAACGGGAAGAAGAGAGUGAGACAGGCGACCAGUCCGCAGGAUUGUCUCAGCGUCGGACUGCAAUCGCCCACAAUUUUCAUUGAAGCCUUCUGGACCUCUGGAGACGAUAUGGAUUUGGCAGUCAUUGAGCCUGAUAAUGUAAGAGUGGACAAUAAGAAUCGCGCGUCUUCCUGCGGAAGACUCAUUCGUGACCAGAAUGUGGAUGCUUGUGGCGUGUUCAAUUCGGGCCAGGAAAGGAUCAUUUACCAAUUGCCAUGCAACGGAUUUAAGACGGGAAGAUACAGAGCAGUGUUGAAGCAUGGUGGUAAUUGUGGUAGCGGACCGACCUCAUAUGAACUUCGAGUAGUUGUGAAUGGCCGGUUGAAGGCCAUAAAGAAGGGGGUCUCAAAUGCCGACGGUGGCAAGAGAGUAACCUCGCUACGGUUCAUGUUGGAAUGACGUAGCAUGGAGGCAUAACCCCACUUUGCAGGCCAUAGCUCGUACUGUUUAUUACCACGUGGAACGCUGAUAUAACUGCUGAAUCUUCUGGAGCCCUACGGAGAACACAAAGUAUCGGAACUGUCGACUACAACAUGCAAAAUGGCCACAUGACAAUAAACUCUACUAAACUUCU